GGGAGAUCAAAUAGAAGUUUUUUCCUCAAACACCCUAUCAGGAUGGAAGGUCCUGUAACCCUUUUGAGUCUCUUCUUAAGCAUCUCAUACUUAACUUGCUCAGUGGCAAGGAUUGAUCCUCAUGGAUAUCAAGCCGAUAUGGAGUUCAUUAAGACUUCAUGUGGAGUAACUUUGUAUCCAGAUUUAUGUUUCCAGUCACUCUCUCCUUAUGCUUCCACUGUUCAUAUGAGCCCAAGCAGAUUAGCUCAAGUGGCACUCAACGUCAGCUUAAGGAGCGACCGAUCGACUUCAGAUAUGGUGGUGAGCAUAUCAAAAGAGAAUGAUACGAGUCCUAGGGAAGCAGCGGCGGUCGCGGACUGCGUUGAGACCGUUGGUGACUCUAUCGACGAGCUUCAACAAUCCAUUGGGGAGAUGAAACACCUUCAUGGUCCUGAUUUCUAUCAAAAAUUGGGAAAUAUACAGACAUGGGUUAGUGCUGCUUUAACAAAUGAGGACACGUGCAUGGAUGGAUUUCAAGGAGGAGCCAUGAAUGGAACUAUCGAGAACACAAUUAGGAAAGGUAUAGUGGGUGUUGCUCAGUUAACUAGUAAUGCCUUGGCUUUAAUUAAUAAGCUGUCUUGAGUACUCAAGCCAAUGAACCUGAUCUGCAGAGAAUUGUAAAAAGUAGUAGUAGUAUGGUUCUCUUCCUCUAGGUGAAAGCUGUAUAGAUAUAGAUUAGAGGAUAAAUAGUUGAUAUUUGGAUUGGCUUUUGUGUAUAUAGAUUAAAACCUUAUCUCAACAACCUAUGCAUGUGUGGAGGAGUUGAGUUGUAUCUUGUAUUGAACUAUUAACUCCUUAAGUGCGGAAGACUUCUUUUUUCUUUUUC